AUGCCAAUAUGUUUAAAUCAAGUACAGCAGUAUCGGCUUUUCAACGAGAUAUUGGUUGUUAGAGCAACGCCACCUCCGAAGUUUUCAGGAUCCAGAUAUAGGAAAUUCGGGCUCCUCUUCAUUGUUACCGUAAAAACACAACUUCACCCAGUUACCAGACUUAACCAUCUAGGACCCAAUAGAACGGUUGGAUCUCUGAAGUCUACUUCUUCUCUUGUUGAACUAUCCAGCAGCACAGGACAUCGUAUUACUCAUCCACCAUUUACAAAAGGUGCAUCGACCGAAACAUAUACAACCACCAGAUCGGGAGAUGGUUUAUCUCUACGUACUUCUUACCACCAACUACUACCAACAUCUCCAGAGUAUUCAGCAAGCAUAUCAUCAAACCCUUCUCGCUCCUCAUUUCUGUCACGUCAAGUAUCCUUUGAUCAAGGAGGAGAAGGUCGCCUUUCUUCAACGCAGGUCAAACAACGCUUAAAAGCUUACUUGCUUAAUCGUCGUCGUGGUCGUGUUUUAAGUAACAGACAUUGUAGAACAGAUGGCAAAUUACCUGGUUCAUCGCAAAAUCCCUUUACAGAAUCAGACUUCGAUGAAAAUUUAGAACAUUCAGGAAGUGAUUCAGGUCAACAUGGAAUCUCUCAUAUAGUUGAUCAUUGGCAUAGUGCAGAUUCACCUUCUUUCAGUGAGUGGGAUUUAGGUGAUGAAAAUUUACUUGUACAUCAGCAUCAUUCACUAGAUUUGGAUUUGCAGAGAAAAUUAGCAGAUUUCAAUGCUUCCAUAAAACCUACGUGUCUUUCAUCGAAUUUAGAACAUAUUUCUCAUUCAUCAUCACUUUCCCAAUCUAGUAAUGUACCGUCUUUCAAUUCUGUAAAUAUUAAAGAGUUAAACAAAGAACGUGGAGAUAUUGGUAUUGUUCGUGGUAGCUCUGUUGCUAGUGAGCGAGAAUCGGACUCUAGAGAACUAACAAAAUCCAAUCAAUUUUUAGAACAACUAAAUUAUCACUUAGUCUCUAAAUAUAAUGGUCGUUUAACAAAUGAACAAAUACAAACAAUGAUUGCAUUACUUAGAAUAAUUAGUCAGUUUAGACGACAAAUAAAAAGAACGUCAUCUCAACCAAUAAAUUUAGAAGAGAAGUUGGGAAAUGACACAGAUUCUUAUCAUCAAUCACAAAGAGUUCAUUAUCGUGAAGGUGAUUCAAGGCACCUUGAAGAAUACCUUCCUUUCUCCGAAAUCGGUGCAAAUGUGAAUUAUCAUGAAGCAUUGUCAGCACUUGUAAAACUUUGCCAGGAAGCUUCAUCUUCAAUUCCAGUCCAGUCAAAUAUUGUCGAAUCUCAGCAUAGAAAUCCAGUAAAUAAAUCUCAUUCUUUGUGUCAAAUGGAUUGGGAGAGUCAAUUAUCACCAAACUGUACUAAAUCCAACUUGGUUUACAAUUCAGUGUUGAAUCCACUUACUCAACAAAAUAUAUCCACAGAUAUAGAUGAUGGUUGUGGAGGUAAUGAAAGGAAGUGUGAUGAUGAUGACGUCGAUAAUGCUACAUCCUCUAAUCCUAUUGUCAAUAGCGCCAAAAAUAAGUAUGACAAUAAUUUGUCAAAAAUAUAUCAAUCUCAUAAAUUAGCAUCAGAUAUUUGGUCUGCUCUACCCGAAAGUGAUUGGCUUUCUCAGAGUUAUCAUGCAGACAUGAAAACAACUUGUUAUCCCAACAUCCCAAAUCACAGUUUAGUAACUGCCAUCGCCUUUGAUCCGGAGAUGCUUGAACAUAAAUGUCUUUGUCCCAAUGCUCAUGAUUCAAGUAUUCAUCCUGAAUGUCCAGAUCGCCUAACUCCUGCUUUAGAACGCCUUGUUCGUACACCCCUUUGUAUACCUCCACAUAUGUCGUCGUAUGCAUCAAAUAAUUUAAUUGAAAGUUUUAAAUAUACUGUCUUAUAUGAUAUGCCUGUUCUACAGCAUGAUUUCAGUCAAUUUUUACAAAAUCAUGCAGAUAUUUCAGAAGCUUUAAUUACACAUUUACCUUUACUGGCAUUUUGUCGUUUAGUUCGUGCACGAAUGGCAACAAAGAAUGAAUUACAAAUAUUCCAUUCAAAUGAAUAUGUUCAAACAUUUGGCACUAUUCCCACUGUUUCAAAUGAUGAUCGACCGUCUUCAAAAUGUUCAAAUGAAUCUACAUCAUUAUCUGCAUCUUGUGGAUCUACAACUAUUGAUCGUGGAUUAUCAGUAUUUAAUUCAUGUACCACGACAAGUUUAUCAAAUCAAUUAUGUUCAUUAGCUUGUGGUGGUGUUGGUGUAGAUUCAGAUACAGUUUGGAAUCCGUGUAGAACAGCUCGUGCUGCUCGUUUAGCUGUUGGUCAAGUUUUAUGCCUUGCUCAUCAGGUAGCGAAACGUCAUUUCCGUAAUGGAUUCGCUAUUGUUCGCCCACCUGGUCAUCAUGCUGAACCAGAUCAAGCUAUGGGAUUUUGUUAUUUUAAUUCUGUUGCAAUUGCUGCAUUGCAUUUAUUACGUGAGCGUAUUGUUUCAAAAGUUUUAAUUCUUGAUUGGGACAUUCAUCAUGGCAAUGGAACUAAGCUGGCUACAACACAUCCUGGAUUAGUUUAUUUAAGUUUGCAUAGAUAUGAUGGUGGGACUUUUUUUCCUGGUACUGGUUCAGUAUCUAAUUGUACAGAAGAGAAUCAAUCCUCGCAAAGUAAUUCUUGUGAUAGUGAUCACACCUCUACUAAUCCUGUUACUGUAUCAGUUUCUGAUAGUAAUAUUUCCUCAGAAAAAUUCAAUCAUUUCGAUGAUCAUAGUGCAAACUAUAUGGCAAAUAUAAAUUUCAAUAAUAAAUUUGCCAAUGAUAUUUCCAAUACAAUAAUUCCAUCAGCUCAGUUAAUAAAUAUUGCAUGGGAAAAUCCGCACAAUGGUACAAAUGAUAAUAAUUAUACUGAAAUAAUUAGAUCACAAAUGAAACGUCGAUCAACAACGACAUCCACUGUUAGUCCUUAUAGUUUAAAUGCUGAUGAAAGAAGGAAACGAUGGUUUCAAAAUGUUGCUAAUCGAUCGGAACAGGAUAAACAAAAGUUGUGCAAAACUAUUGGUUCAUCUGAUCAUCAUCACCAGUAUCCGAGUUACUCAAAUCAAUGUAAUUCUGAACAACACAAUUCUUUAUCAUCCUCUUCAACAUCUUUACCAUUUCAACGUUCUAUAUCGAUAAGAAAUAGGCAAAAUUCUGAUCUUACACCAUUUUGUACCUGUCUAUCUAAUAAAGCAACAAGCACUGAAAGUAGCCAAGUUUGUUCAUUCUGUUUAUCACAAUCAAUUGAAUCAUGCUCAGAUAAAUCAGAUCUAUUAUUAUCUGAAACUAAUCCAGUUAAUUGUCAACCUUAUCAUCCAUAUUCACAUUUUCAACAAUAUCCUAUACAUCACCAACCAUUAAUAUCGAAUGCAUAUAAUCAUCAUCAUCAACAUCAUAAUCAACCUCUGUCAUCUAGUACUUGGAAAGAACCUUUAUUAGGUUUAAGUGAUGCAGAGUAUUUAGCUGCAAUGCGUUCUGUUGUUAUACCAGUCGGACAUGAAUUUCAACCAGAUAUUAUAUUGAUUUCAGCUGGUUAUGACGCUGCUUAUGGACACGGUGAAGCAUUAGGCGGUUAUUCUGUAUCAUCUGGUUUAUUUGCAUGGAUUACGCAUCAGUGUAUGUCUAUAUCAAACAGUCGUAUAGUUUUAGCACUGGAAGGUGGUUAUUCUCCCUCAACUGUAGCUGAUUGUAUUACAUCUUGUGUAAAUGCAUUAUUACUCCCAGCUUCACAAUCACACUGGAUUCCCGUACUGAAUAAUGAACAACCAAAUAAAUGUGUAAAUAUUGAUGGCGCUCAGGAAGCAUGGAUGAAUGCUGUAUACUGGAUACCGAAUUCUGAAUUAAUUCGUCCACCUAGACCUGAAGCUGUUGUUAAUUUAAUGACUACAAUUCGACAUCAUGCUAAAACUGGAUGGAAAUGUUUUACAAAUGUAUCAGAAGAAAAUGUUGCAAUGUCAUUUUCUGAAGCUAUUCACAUGGAGCAUCAAUUAGUUGAAAUGAAUAAAUCAACUGAAUUCAGUACAAUGAAAAGUAGAAAAUUAAGUGAUAGUAGUAUUCCAUCAUCAAUUGAAGCGCAAAUUAUAUCAACAACAUCUUCUUCUUCAACAACAGUUACAACAGCAGCUUAUCGAUUUAGUAAUUCACAUUUAUCGGAUUAUAUGGCUAAAUUACAUAUGGAUCAAUCUUAA